CUGGAACGGUCAACAAUCACUUUCUUCGCGCCGUGUUCGCAACCGGUGGAUUCUGUGCACUUUUCAUCUGGUUCGGAUUCAUUGAAUUUCACGCAAUCAUCCGCUGAAUAACGAUGCGCUCAGCUUGCUGCAAGAGAUGAAAACUGUGCUAACAGCAUUUUUGGGACUCUUGCUUUCAGUCCAGCUUGGUCUGGUAGGCUCCAAUCGGCCACUCCAGCAUGCAUCCAGAAACCGCCCGACUCCAACCUCCGGCCUCCUACUGCCUCAAAACGCCUCCGAUUCUGGACCACAAGCUGACGUUUCAAAAACCGCGCUUGGAGGUGCUCGGAAAGCUGACCAAGAAAUGGCACUUUCCGAGCAAGCGCUCGUUUUGGACCUGGACAAAAUCCAGCAAAUGUCCCUCCUGGAGUACGCUGGAAGACGAAUCGGGGCGUGGUGGGACUACGUGAAAAAUGGGGCCCCUCAAGAGCCGCAAUCUUCCUUUGUGGGAAGAUGCAUUGGGAUCGCUAAGAAACUUCGCCAGAUUAUGCCGAUGGUUAUGAUUGGAGGCGGAAUCAUUAUCACCAAACUAGCCUUUCUGGUGCUUUUCGCGCUGAAAACAAUCGGGCUCUUGGGCCUGCUCCUCCUCCUCAAUGUCGGCACGGUGGCAGCCAAGCUGGGGGCCUUUUUGGCCAGUAAAAAGGGCGAACACUCCUCCCAGCCCCUACACGUCCAUAUCCAACCGGGGAAAGAUGAUGAGCACGUUUACUCGGGCCUGAAGGGGCCGCCGUACGGAUGGGACGAUCGACAGGACGCGGACAUUCACUCCCAUGAGCUGUACAAUUUGUACGAAAAACUCAAAAUGGAAAGCGAGCUGCGGAAGUAUUUCAGCCACAAUAGCCGAAUCUAGUUACCAAAACAAUUUUAUUUAUUUUUAGCUUAAUUAGUAAAAGAUAAGGGAAAUAAACUGGAAAAUUUAGUGGUGA